AUGUUGAGUUCGCUCUUCGAAGACCUUGCGCUCGGACGCAUUUCUGUGGGCGACGCGGAGGCGCUAGCGCUGGAGGUGAAGACGCUGGGGAACCAGGCCAAGCGGGAGAAGAGCCCGGAGCUCUAUGAGGAAGUGGCAGGUGCCGCCCUGCGCUGGGCCGCGAGCGCGGACCCCGAGGCUGCGGCCAGGGCGCUGCUGUGCUACGCCUGGGCGCAGCAGCAGCUGAGCCGAGGCGUAGAUGAGGCGCGGACCCUGGGCCUCGCUCUGACCAGGGAUGGGCGGCUGCAAAAGCAGCUGCAGGCGUUGCCGAGCGGCAGCUGCUCCGCGCUGCUGGUGCUGCCAAGUGAAGCCGCAGAAGCGGCGGAUCCACAGAGGCCGGUGUAUGUGCUGGAAGCGGACAGACACUGGCGCCUACUGCCCUGCCCGAGGCGCUUCGCUUGGCUCAUCUACGGCGAGUCGCGGCUGGCCUUGGGGAAGCCGGCGGCGCCGGCGGAUCCGGCGCUGGAGGCGCUGCAGCUGACGCCGCUGAAGCUGGAGGACGCAGAUGCCAUGGGUGGGGUGGAGCUGGCAGCAGAGGCCCUGAAGUCCGGGCGCGGCUGCUUCGCCCACUCCGACUCUACCUCCGCCCUGGGCCUCUUCGCAGCCUGCUUCAUCUGCAAGUACGGCUUCGGCUUCCCAGACUGGGAUCCCAGCCAGCCUGCCCACAGUGCAGCAGAGGCCAUUGAGCUGAUUCAAGGCCUGCAGGGCAAGGAUUCCAUCACUGGCCAAGAGGAGCAGGUGAUGCUCUUCGAGCGCCUAGGUCGAGGACUCCGAGGGCGCAUUGACGACCGGCUUCGAAAAGCAGUACCGCAAGAUGAAGAUACCAAGGGUUCAUCCACAAGUCCGGACGCCGAAGGCGGUCUUUGGUCCGAGCUGAUGCUGGGCCGAGCGCGGAAAAGCUGCGCAGCGGUGGUGCAGACAGAGACCGCCAAGGGCUUGAAGGUGGUGCAUCAGCCGGGCGACGGCAACUGCCUCUUCCACUCCCUGGCCUAUGGCUUGGGCAAGGAGAAGGCGGCGAGUUUGCGACGCCGCGUCUGCGACUUCAUGCAAAAGAACCCACAGUUGGAGAUCUCCGGGUCAUCGCUGACGGAGUGGAUUGAGAUGACUUCCCAGUCCUCCGUGGACAGCUACGCCUCAAAGAUGCGCCGCGGCGGCGAGUGGGGCGGCGCGCCAGAGAUCGCCGUGUGCGCGCGCAUGGCGGAAAUCGACGUGCAGGUCUACGAGCCAGGUAGUGAAGGCUUCGACCUCAUCGCAUCCUUUCCUGGGAAUGAGCAGGGGACGCCGACGCCCAAAGUGGUGCGAGUGUUGUACACGGGCCGUCUUCACUACGACGCUUUGACUGAGUAA